GGGGGCCGGCGAGGCCGGUGGGCGGGGCCGGGCCGGCGCUCCGCAGCUGUCAGCGACUCCUGGAGCCGGCCGGCUGCCUAGGUGUGCCCCCCCGCGACCCCACCGGAGACACCAGCAUGGUGCGCGCCAGCACCGUGGGGGCGCAUCUCCCCGCGUCCGGCUUGGACAUCUUCGGGGACCUGAGGAAGAUGAACAAGCGCCAGCUCUACUACCAGGUCUUAAACUUCGCCAUGAUCGUGUCCUCUGCGCUCAUGAUCUGGAAAGGCCUGAUUGUCCUCACCGGCAGUGAGAGCCCCAUCGUGGUGGUGCUGAGCGGCAGCAUGGAGCCAGCCUUUCACAGGGGCGACCUUCUGUUCCUAACGAAUUUCCGGGAAGACCCCAUUAGAGCUGGAGAAAUUGUUGUUUUCAAAGUCGAAGGACGAGACAUCCCAAUAGUUCACAGAGUAAUCAAAGUUCACGAAAAAGACAAUGGAGACAUCAAAUUUCUGACUAAAGGAGAUAAUAAUGAAGUUGAUGAUAGAGGCUUGUACAAAGAAGGCCAGAACUGGCUCGAGAAGAAGGACGUGGUCGGGCGCGCCCGAGGGUUUUUACCAUAUGUCGGUAUGGUCACCAUAAUAAUGAACGACUAUCCAAAAUUUAAGUAUGCUCUUUUGGCUGUAAUGGGUGCAUAUGUGUUAUUGAAACGUGAAUCCUGAAGUGCAAAGCAGUUCCUGGGACCAGAUUGAAAGAAAUUUUGUUGAAGAGAAAAGUUAAUAUAUUUGAAAUGUUCCACUGUCUGUAUAAAAGGAAACAAUGUGGAGACGUUUUGUCUUGAUCGAAUAAAUGAUUCAUCAGUAAA